CUGAAAAUUUAGUUAUGGAAAAUGGCGAAAGGAAAGCCGAAAUGUCUCUGUAUUAUUUUCUGUGUUUUCAUCGUCAAUUGUGGAUAUUUUGCUAAGUCUGAGGCCAGUAAAUGUGAUAGGGCCGGGAAGUUUGGUUGGCAGUGUCGCUUCUCAUGCAACUGUCUAGAUGGUGGGGAAUGUGACAAACAGAAGGGCACGUGUAAACAGGGGUGUGCCCUUGGCUUUUACGGAUGGGGAUGCCAAUUUGCUGAUGAGUUUAUUUAUGGAGAAGACAGAGGAACACACUAUGCAGGGAAGUUUGGAACCACAGGAAACCACACAUGUAUAAGCUGGAAUGACACUAGAGCCCCAUCACAUGACUACUUGUUUAAUGAGGAUUCCAAACCAGGCCCCUAUUGCCGUAAUCCUUUGGUUAAAAGUGUUAAAGCCUACAGCGAGUUUCCCUGGUGUUAUUUCAACACCAACAAUGGAAUCAAGUUUGGAAAAUGUACAGGACUGACUGUUAAGGAAUGUCCUGAUUUCCUGCAUGGAGACCACUGUAUAAAGGAGUGUCAUUGUUCAAACACCACAGAAGUAUGUGACAAGGACACUGGCUACUGUUCUCAGUCACAGAAAUGUUAUGCCGGCUGGGAGGGGAUUGGAUGUGAUGCUCCGUGUGAUGAGAAUACGUUUGGUAUAGACUGUGCGUACAAGUGUGGUAACUGUCUGUAUGAUGUGUGUGAUCACGAGACUGGCCAGUGUGUUCACGGCUGCAAGCCGGGUUUCCACGGUUUCUACUGCAAGAAAUCAUGUGGUCCGGGAACCUUUGGAGCCAACUGUAAGGACACGUGUGGUCAGUGUGAGCUUGGUCAGUGUGAUCCAAGGACUGGUCAGUGUUUUGGGGGUUGUAUGGCAGGAUACGAGGGACCACUGUGCAAACAACGCUGUGCAAAUGGCUUCUAUGGUAACGAGUGUCGAGAGCAGUGCCCUUACUGUCACAAUCGAGGACCAUGUGACCCUGCCUCGGGCCAGUGUGAGCUGGGUUGUGCACCAGGGUAUAUGGGCGUGAGCUGCAAUAGGGAGUGUCCUGACGGGAUGUUUGGUGCCAACUGUACGGGUGUGUGUGGGAACUGUCUCGGUGGGGAACCAUGUGAGACGUACACGGGCUUGUGUCUUCAGGGAUGUGAGGCUGGCUAUAUGGAACCUGAGUGUCUCGCAGCGGCUGUGGUGGUGGAAAAAGGGUCAGCCAUGGGAGGGGUCAUUGGUGGAGUUAUAGCAGUGGUCGUUGUGCUGGUCAUCGCCGUACUGUUGUUUAUUACUUACAGAAGGCGAAGAUUUCGUCAGAAAUUGGUUGUGAAUAGCCACAUGAUGGAACGGAAGAAUCCAAGCCAUGAUGCAACAAUGGAAAGUGUACGUGAGACGGACCAUCUGCUGCGAUCAUCAUCCGCUGAUGGUUUCAUGGAUUUCGAGCAUUUUCAUCAUGUGGAGGUGGACGAGCCAUCUGAGGAGGAGGAUUGUGUGGACACGUACGGGGACGGCAAGGAGCCAAUAUAUGUGAAUGUGAACAACCGUAAACUGACCAACCCCAUACCUGUAGACAAGCUGGCUGACUUCAUCAAAAAAGCUCGGGAGACGGGGCAUGAGGUGGUGAAAGGCGAGCAUGGGGAUCUUCCUUCAAGCUUGUUGGCUCUGUGUCACACUGCUAAAAAACCUGAAAACAAACAGAAAAACAGAUACGCUGACAUCAUCGCAUAUGAUCAUUCAAGAGUUGUGCUCAAUCAAUUACCCCACGAUCCACAUUCCGACUAUGUGAACGCCAACUAUAUAGAUGGUUAUAACUGUAAAAAGGCCUACAUAGCAUCCCAAGGUCCAAACAAAGCGAUGCUUGCAGACUUUUGGAGAAUGGUCUGGCAGGAGAAAGUCACCAAAAUAGUCAUGUUAACUAAUCUAGUCGAAACUUGUAAGAAAAAGUGUGAGCAGUAUUGGCCCAGCGAGGGUAGCCAGGUGUAUGGGGAGGUGACUGUUGAGAGCCUGGAUACAGCCGAGUACACGGACUACAUCAUCAGGACGUUCACCAUCUCUGUGGCCCGUAUCAGUCGUAUCAUAAAGCAGUUCCACUUCCUGUCCUGGACCGACCACGGAGCACCCACUUACCCAACCACCCUGCUUAACUUCCGACGUAAAGUACAGCAGUACAACUCUGAUAGCAUGUCACCUAUACUCGUCCACUGCAGUGCGGGUAUAGGUCGAAGUGGCACCUACAUAGCUGUAGACUACCUUUUACAACAGGCCAAGACAGAGGGGGUGGUUGAUCUUCUACAAUGUGCUCAGCUCAUGAGGUCAAACAGGGUCAACAUGAUACAAACAUGGCAACAGUACAGUUUUGUGUAUGAUGCUGUUCUGGAUGCGCUUAUGUCAGGGGAGACGACUAUAGCAAACUCUACAUUCCCAGAGGUGUACGAGGAAAUGUGCACGCUCAAACCAGAGGCCAACAGCACGUUGUUGGAAGAGCAGUUUGAGACACUGCAGAACUUGACCCCCCAGGUAGAGAGGGAUGAGUGUGGAGCAGCCACUGACUCCCACAAUGCUACCAAGAGCAGGUUCCGCAAUAUUCUUCCAGCCAACAGAUAUCGACCUCACUUGUUCACACCAGUGGAUGGUUGUAACGACUUCAUCAAUGCAGUCUUCCUUAAUUACUCGCCCACUAAUGGGAUGGAAAAGAGUUACACGCAACGAGAUGCGUACAUUGUGACCCAGAUGCCUCUGCCGAACACGGUGGCCGACUUCUGGCGUCUGCUUUACGACUACCAUUCCGACACUGUUGUCAUGCUGAAUGAGUUUGAUAGAAAUGACCGGUCGUGUGCCUUGUACUGGCCUGAGGAAUAUGGCUACACAGUGGAAUACGGCCCUCUCAGUAUUGAGCUGCUGUUUUCAUCCGAGGCUGAUGCCAAUAUCACUGUGCGGACAUUCAAACUCACACAUAGGACCAAGGGAGAGGACCGGGCAGUCAAGCAGUUCCAGUUCAAUGCAUGGCCGGACUACAAGAGUGUACCAGUGGGGACAACGGGGCUUUUACGCCUCUCAGAUGCUGUACAGGAGUGGACGCGCCAGAACGGCAAAGGACCAAUCACUGUCCACUGCAUGAAUGGGGCAAGUAAGAGCGGUCUAUUCUGUGCAUGCAGUCUGAUGUUUGAGAGAAUGAGGAUCGAUAUGGAGGUGGAUGUCUACCAGACUGUGAAACAGAUACGCAUCAAUAGGCCACACUUUGUGGAAAACACUGAGCAGUACCAGUUUCUGUACCAGAUGGCCCUGGCAUAUUUGGAGAGGCAGCCUGUGGGUAUUGACAGACAGGGGGACAGACAGACCAAUGACAGUAUAGACAGUGGUAUCCAGGAUAAACUCUUGUGAUACGCACCAAAAAAAAAGUGUUGUGUUAAAUUUAUAUAGCUUCAUUUCGAUUGAGCUAUCAAAUAUUAAAUCAAAGUGGUGACAUGAAAACACUUAGUUCGUGUCGGUUUUAUAGGAAAACAAUAUUAACACAUUCUGCAAUGUUUUAGAAAAUGUUAGUUUUUGAAAGGAUGUAUCUAUUAGUGGAAUAGUGCUGCUAUGCUUACAAAGUAUAGCUCUUACAUUCUAUAUUUAUACAGUGUUAAUAUGACUAACAAAUGUUUCAUAUGCUGUAAGCAUUUUAUGAAUUCUAACAAAAUCAAAUGUGCUUUUAAACAGUCUUGUAUAAGAUAGUCAGUGGACAUUUAACAUGUACCGUAAUCUCUUUAUCUCUUUAUCAUUGUAUUUAUCAUAUGUAGUAUGAACUUUUCAUCAUUCACUUUAAUGUGGGGAGGCAACAUUUGGAAAACUAAGCUGACAAAAAUGACAAUAUUGAAGCAUAACAGCACUGAAAGCAUACCAUCAAUGCUUUUGUAGGACGACUGCCUAAAUGUAUCAUUUCUAUUACAUAACACAUCACUUCUUUUGUUCUCAUUAAGUGAUUCAUGUAUCUAUUACAUACCAGAUUUAGGGUACACAUUACCUCCAUACACCUGUCAUACAAGUGGCCAUGUUUCUCUUCAUGAAUUUCAUGGUGCUAUUUUGAACAAAUGCCUUUUCAGAUUAUUUUGUGUCGGAGAAUCUCUGUUUUUUUCCAACUAUGAAAGUACAUGUAUGGAUCUUGUAGGAUGUGUAAAUCUUAAGAUAUUUUCUCUUUUUCAUUUUGUUUCUAUGGUUAUCUACUUUUUCAGAAAUCUAUAUGAAUAAUUACAUGUAUACAUAAUUUUAAAUUGCAGUGGAGAUGUUUUUCAAACAAUAAAUAUAAUGGCCUAGUUGCUUCAAUAUUUCUAACCAUCUCAUCAUUUAAUGUUUAAUGAACCAAUUAAAACUUGAAUUUGUCCGUCAGACCUCAAAUGUUAACACUUUUUUUAUUUACAAUUAGAACAUUUUAAAUAUGCAUGCAUGUAAAUGCUUGUGACAUGUUGAGCGAGAUACUUCUCUUCAUAUUUGUAUUUGCCUAUUGUGUAAAUGUAGCUCAAUACUUCAAUACAAAUAAUUAGUUAUAUUAAGUACUAUUAAGGUGUGCUGUUUACAAAUGUGGUUUGUAAUUAUAUUGGCCUUGGGAUAAAAAUCAUUUCCUUGCUAGUUUGGACUUUUAUACCGAUUUAAGAUUAUUGAAUUCUUUACUGCAACAGGCCCCCUGGGGGUGUACAAUAUUUUGUUAUUUACCAGUGGUUUCCAGGAGGGGGUGGGGCGCGUUUUACUUAUAGUUUGUUGCAUUUAUAGCUGUUUGACAAAAAAAGACAUUUAUUUCCAACUGCUGUUGAUAACAAGGAUAUUCUUUGUAUUUAUGUACUUUAUUUUUGAAACAUCUAGCAUUCCUAUCUAAAUCUGACUUUACAUUUUAUUAAAACAAAUUGCCUCAGAAUAUGUAAUCAAUUUCAUUGUAAAAAAAUCAAAUGUAAGCUUAAUAUGUGUUUUACCUCUUUUAACAUACAUGUUCAUUUUUGGCAUCAGUUGUGUGAACAGUUAGUUGAUGGUUCAGAGCUUACUUAAAGUUAACAGUGUUCUGCGGAAUUUCUAACAAGCUUUUUGGGACAACUGUUUCAGCUGUUCUCUAACAUUUAUUUAUACAUGUAUGUAAGAAUGCAAAAUCAAAUAUUUCAAAUUUAAUAGUAGUAUAUGUAGUUAAUCACAUCAAAGUUCUUAACAAUCAGCCUCACGUCUAUUGUACUGUUUUACUGUGAGUUGUCUUUCUUGUAAAUGUGUUGUGAUGCAUUUUUGUGAUGUGUUUUUGGGACCAAAGGUGUUUUUUUUGUUUUGUAUGGAAUAUAUUGAUACCUGUCUUUCUUUAAUGUAUAUCCGAAAUAUAUGGAGCCUACUCAUGUAAGUGUUACAUGACCUUGUGCAUCUUUUUACACUUGGCUGCGUUGCAGGUUGUGGAGCGAACGUCUUCCACAGUGAUAUUACUCUGAUAAUUCCUCAUUGAAAAUUCGUAUGUCUCAUCACUUAAUAAUUUACAUUCACAUGUUCACACAUAAAAGUUAUGUGGAUUUCAUAAGUGUGUUAAAUUAUUAUUUUAUAACUUAUGUUAACAAAAAAAUAUUUCUGAUUGUUUUAACGGUUGUUUUAAAAUGGUCUACAUUAACCUUUACCACCAAAAGUACUAUUUUUCUCUACAUUUGCAUUUAGAUUUGCUUCAUCCAAGACCCUGGCCUUAAUUUCUCCAAACUUCUUAAGCUAAAAAAGGCUUAAGUCACUUAUUUCAACUAGCCAAAGUACAUACUAAAAUUGAAUUUUGAUUAACGAAAAUGUUUUUUUUGUGAUUAUCAUAAAGAAAAUUCCUAUCUUAUGUAUAAAAACUCUUAAGAAAGUAAAUAUUAGGCAAAUUAAAAACAAAAAUUGUUAGCUUAGCUUAAUCCUGUUAUAAAGGACUUAAGAAGUUUUGAGAAAUUGGGGCCUGCUGAUUUCUUGAAACUUCUUGAGCUUAGCAGACUUCAGUGAGUUACUUGGCACUCUAGCUGCUAUAGAUCGAGGCAUUGGCACUCACACUAAUUAAAUAAGUUACUUAGUAACUAUUUUUGCCUUAUUUAACAAUUAAUUUGGCAGUAGGGCUGACCCUGGCUUAGUCAAAUAAAUGAUUUAGCAAGCAAAAAUAAACAGUAACUAUUAUUUACUGGGUAUCCAGCAAAAAAUCAUAUAGCUUAAUUUAUUUAGCAAAAUUUCUUACUUUAACCUGAUUUUGAUAAAUAAAACGUAGUUUUGGUUGGUUACCAGACAUAUAUCCUCAAUAGACAGACAAAAAACUUCCCUAAAUAGUAAAUAUUUCAUAAAUUAUACAACAAAAAUAGUGAGCUUAGCUUCAAAGUGUUAUAACAGUCUUACGUGAUUUUGAGAAAUCGGCCUCAUAAUCAGCCUGGCUUAUCAUACAAAUACUGUAUUAGAGUGUUCAGCACUUAUUGUAAAUUGUAUCAAAUCAGACCCCCCAAAAAGUUCAUAUUGAAAUAUUGAUAAGUAGCUGACAAAAGAAUUAUCAUGGAUUUGUUUUUUUUAAUAUUUGGUCUACAAUAUUAUAAUACAUACAGUAUUUUGCAUGUAGAAACAGUAUUUGGGAGUUAGGGUUUAUAUAAUGUUAUAAAGUAUACAUAUAUAGAAUCUUUUUUCCUUGAUUGAAAAUUAAAUUCUGUUUCUUGCCUGUUCAUAUGGUUUACAACAAGUUCGACUAUACUAGUUGAGAGUUGUCCAUGUUUUGUUUCUCAAGACUGAAAACAAAACAAUGUCUGCAUGAGGAGAAAAAGAUAAAAGCAACAACAUAAUGCACCAGUCAUUUGUAACCACGCCCUCCCACCCCAGGUCCGGGGAAUAGCCGGGACUUUGACUUUUGGUCCAGCCAACCCCGGGUAAAAUCCCCGCCCAGCGGGGACUAACUGAUGGUUAAACUCCAGCCAAAUGCCCCUGCACCCCAGAGACUAUAUAAGGCCCAAUCUCGGCUUAAUUUGGCGCUAUGACAAAACUACCGCGGUCACCCGGCCCUGCGGGGCCACCUGGAAAGUAAAAACACGGCCCUUUUCCCCGGCUAUUCUUGGUAUACCCUAGGACCUGGGGGGUCCGUGGUUACAAUUGACUGGUGCAUAAAAACGACCAUUUUUAAAUUUUGCCUGUUUACUUUUGAUUCGUUCAUUGUAAAGUGAAUAUUUUAGAUGUACAUAAUAACAUCACUGGGAAAACUUAUCAUUCUGAUAUUUGCUUUGUUUUUGAAAAUAUACCAAAAGAAUACAGAGAAAUAGUGCCUAAAUUACAGUCAAGAUUUGUGUUUUAUAAUAAAUACUUAUAAGGGAUACAGUACCAAUAUGUUAAAGCGAUUUGUUCAUGUUUUAUAUGGUCAGGAUUUACUCACUGCUUGUCAAUGCAUGGUGUAGGUAGGUGUAGUAUUUGAAAGUGGGCAGUUUUGUUUUUUUCAGGACACAAACUUGUAAAAAUAGUACAUUGUGUAUAGUUGUUGUUGAUAGAAACGGUGAAAAUCUGUGAAUACAAUCGAAAACUUGUGAAUAUAGUCUUAACCUUGUGAAUUAAGUCAUGUACAUAGGUCAAAUUCUGUACAUUACACUUUAUUGCAUAUGUAUAUAUAUAAAUGUAUAUAUUUCAUAGUGGUUGUGCUGCAUCUUUAACAAUCAUAAACAUGUGUUUUCAGCUAAUUAUAUGGACUUCAUUGCUAGUACCAGCUAGUUUAUAUUACUUAUGUCUUCAGUGACACUCUCUCAUACAUACUUGCUUUAACAUCUUGUUAUUGUAGUUGUUUUAUCUUGUUAGUGAUGUCAGUUGCUCUUGUUGUUUAAGCUUAUUGGCUUAUUCUUUUACUAGGAAAGUUUUUUUUGUCAUUCACUUUGAUGAUAAUGCAGUUUUGGGCAGUGUCAACUAAACUUUUAUCUUUUUCAUUGGAUAAACUUAGCUAAAUUCCCGGAAAAGAAAGUUUACAGAAUUAUGGCCCCUUUUCAAUUUAUAUUUUGCCAAAAUCUGGUGUCUGGAUGAUAAAUUAAGACAGAUACAAUGAAUAUAGAUAUUUUGGUGUACAUGUUUAACAUUAUAAAAUACAGGGUGAACUCAACUUUAGUAACAACUAAUUUAAACGAGUUAUGGCCCCUUUGCAAAGCAAAUGUUUACCCUUCCUGUGUACAGGCAUCAGUUUGGACUAUUAGUCACUUCUGUGACAGUUUAAGUUAUGAUUAUCUCUAAAUAUUACUGGAACAAAGAUGGUCACUAUUUUAAAGAAGACCUGAAUUUUAAACAUCCAAGAAAAGUUGCAUCACUAUGUAGUCGAGUAUUGUUUUUGUAAUCAGUGAUUAAACUGGAAGUUUAUUUUCAUUUUGUAUUAAAGCAUUUGUAUCCUAGAAUUGCCCGAUGUAAAAAAAACAACAACCACGUCUCAGAAUGCGAUCUGUUCAUGCAAUUGUCAUCUGUGUGCUCAGAGUGUUUUACAUUCCCUUUUUCCAUUCCAAGUAAAAUGUGAAUUUGGUUUUUAAUUUCUUUUUACAAAGUUGUUUAUUUUGAAUUGCUUGCAGUUCUGUUCUAACAUAGGACUGCCGUAAAGAAUUUCCAAUAAAUACAAAGAUUUUAAAUUGA